UAAAAUAAGCAUUAUUAACUUUUUAGAUGGCUGACUCAACUCCUCUUCUCACUCAAAGAAACUCUUCAGCCGACUCUAAACAGCCUCCUCCGUCGCUCGAUGAAGUGAUUGAACAAUGUGUUGGAGAUUUAGGGUUAUCCCAGUUCAUUCAGGCCAUCAUCGUAUCAAUUUCAUGGGCUUUUGAUGCACAACAAACCUUCAUCAGUGUUUUCACAGAAGCUGAACCAACUUGGCACUGCACUGAUCAGCAUGGAAAUGGAUUAUGUAAUGAUAACAUUUGUCAUCUUUCUAAAGAUUCAUGGGCUUGGGACAGGCCAAUAUACUCAUCAGUCAUAUCGGACUGGGGACUUGAGUGCUCCAGUUCAUUUAUCAAAGGCUUACCGGCAUCUUCUUUCUUCAUGGGAUGCCUAGCAGGUGGCCUAUUUCUAACUACCCUAGCGGACUCCUGUCUUGGUCGAAAGAACAUGCUCCUUCUCUCAUGUCUGAUGAUGUCUUUUGCUUCUUUACUUACUGUUUUCUCUCCAAACAUUUGGAUCUACUCAGUUUUAAAAUUUGUUAAUGGGUUUGGUCGUGCAACGAUCGGAACUUGUGCACUUGUGUUAUCAACAGAGGUAGUUGGGAAACGAUGGCGAGGUCAGGUAGGAGUCAUUGGUUUCUUUUGUUUUACUUUAGGGUUUUUGUCAUUGCCAGCUAUUGCUUACAUAAAUAGAGAUUCUUCUUGGAGACAUCUCUAUCUAUGGACUUCUAUUCCUACCAUUUUCUACUGCAUAUUAGUUCACUUAUGGGUUCGUGAGUCUCCUAGAUGGCUUCUCAUUCGUGGGAGAAAAGAUGAAGCUAUGGGAAUAUUAACAAGUAUUGCAGCGAUUGACGGUAGUUGCUUGACAAGCAACUUUUCUGAUUUUAGAUUUGAGCAAGAGUCAUGGAAUGUUGACAUUUACUCCGCAAUCAAGAUUCUACUGGAGAAAAGGUGGGCUUUUCGAAGAUUAUCUACUGUUAUGGUCGUAGGAUUCGGCACUGGCUUGGUGUAUUAUGGCAUGCCAUUAGGCCUAGGAACUCUGGACUUUAAUCUGUACUUAAGCGUCAUGUUCAAUGCCUUAUCGGAGCUACCAGCAGCUCUAAUCACAUUCUUCCUCAUCAAUAAAUUAAACAGAAAAUGUUCAUUAUUGGUGUUUAGUAGUCUAAGUGGAGUUUGUAGCAUAUUAUGCGUCCUUUUGGGAAAAUUAUCAUCAAAGAUACAGAUAGGAUUGGAGAUGAUAUCCUUCUUUUGCGCAUGUACAGGAUUUAACAUUCUACUGAUAUACACCAUAGAGUUGUUUCCUACUUGUGUUAGGAACUCAGCAAUAUCAAUGGUCAGGCAAGCACUUGUGUUUGGCGGUGUGUUUAGUCCAGUACUAGUUGCUGCCGGAAGAGAAAGUGCUCUUCUAUCAUAUGGAGUAUUUGGAUUGGUGAUAGGCAUAUGUGGGGUGUUUGUGAUCUGUUUGCCGGAGACAAUGGGAGAAACAAUUUGUGACACGAUGGAAGAAGAAGAGCACAAACAAAGAUUUCCCUCUAAUGGAGAAGAAGGCAUCUAAAAUUCAAUCUAAUUUGUGCUGUUUUGCUUAAUUUGGUCACUAGUGGGUUAAUAAUGGAGUAGGCUAUU